ACGCCAGUAAUUAAAGCAGGCUGCAGGUGACGCUUCAGGGAAAUCUCCAGGAUGGAGUCCCUGUUUAAACCAGCGCCUCUCCUCCUCAUGCUUUGGUGCUGCUGCAGUGCUCAGCGCAUUGACUACAUAUCUCCAAAUCUGGGAAGCAUCAAUGGAGCAACACGACUUACCAUAUCAGGAUCUGGUUUUGCCCAGGAGCGACAGUUCCAACUGAAUCCAAUCGAUGACACAUUUGGCAACCGUGUGACACUUGUGUCUGACACCCUGUCAGUCCCCUGUGAUGUGGAGAGGGACUCAACACACGGCAACAAGAUCAUGUGUUACACCAG